AUGGCUUAUACACAGAGCACCAGCAGAGGAGAUAGGGGUCACGAUCAGGACUCAAUAGAGCUUGCGACGGUGAUGGAACCUUCCCCAGAUACUGCGGUUUGUAAGACCGAAGACAGCACCGAUGAUAUGGACCCAGAGCCAUCCACUGCUCGCUUAGUAUUGGUUCUGUUAGGUCUCUGGGUUGGGGUCUUGCUCAGUGCAUUAGACUCAACCAUGCUUGCCACAAUUAUCGAGGAUAUAUGUGAGGAGUACGAUGCUUUUUCAUCGUAUUCCUGGGUCGCUACCACAUACCCCAUAGGUCUCUCCAUCUCGCAGCCAUUCAGCGGACAACUGACCAACCUGCUGGGCCGACGAUAUGGCCUUGUACUUUGUCUCUCAGUCUUAGCCGUAGGACAGCUUCUGUGCGGGCUGGCGCCCCGUUUGUCGGUCUUCUUGCUAGGUCGGAUUGUUCAAGGGCUUGGUGCAGGCUGCAUCGGCACCAUCACUGCUUUUGUCGAAACCGAUCUAGUGUCCAUGAGAAAACGGGCGCUGAUUGAAGGCAUUGGCAAUAUUACCUAUGGUGCUACAUUGGCCCUGGGUGGCGUCUACGGGGGUGGCGUCGCCAACGCCAUUGGGUGGAAGUGGGCAUUCCGUAUCCAAGUGCCCUUCAUCAUUCUUGACAUCGCGAUGGUGGCGUUCUAUCUCAACAUCCCUCAGGGUAAAAGCCGUCCUAUCAGACGCCCAGUUGACUACGUCGGCAUGGUCGCUCUUCUUGUCGUUAUUAUCCUCUUUCAAUUCGGCAUGAAUGCUGGUGGUUCGGUCUUUGCCUGGAACAGCGCAGCAGUGCUGACUACCUUGAUCCUUGCCGCGGUAGGAUUCCUAGCAUUUCUCUUCUGGGAAUUUUAUAAAGCCGAGAACCCUCAUAUCCCAGUUCGAGCCCUACUACAACGCACUGUGGCCGCGUCGCAACUGAGCUCAUUCUUUUCCAACUUCGGCAACACUAGCAUCAUGUACUACGUGCCCGUGUACUUGGAGGUUCUUGGCCACUCCCCAGGCGAGAGUGGCUUACGAUUUAUUCCCCUGGCUCUCUGCUUUGCUCUUGGAUCUUUCGCUGCUGGGUUAUUCGUCAAGGUCACGGCCAAGUACUACUACAUCAAUAUUCCCGUCCAAGCCUGCUCCGUCCUGGGCGCUGUCAUGCUCUGUACCAUGACCCAGACGACACCUUCUUGGGCCCCUUUCGUCUAUCUCGGAAUAUACGGUGCAGGGUCCGGCGGGGCGUACGUGACCAGACUCAUGGGUCUCCUCACUUCGGCCGAUAAGCAACACCUCGCCGUGGUACAAUCCUGUUCCUUCACUGUCCGCAACACUGGCACCACCAUCGGCCAGACCAUAUCGGCUGCUAUAUUUCGAAAUUUGUCAGUCAAUACCCUCCAUAUCCUGUUUGGAGGCCAGCCUGAUCUGGCUGAUCGGAUCUCGCACAACUACAAUCGGCUCGACCUGCUGAGUGGUUUGGAGAAGCAGACCGCAAUCUUCAUCUAUCUCCGUGCCACGCGUGGUGUUUUUUUCCUUGCCACGUCGAUUCUGGUUGCCGCUGCGGUGUCGACCUUUGUUAUGCAAAAUAAUGAGCUGGUUGAUAGUCCGAGGGAGAGACAGUGUGCUGAGGAGAAGGGGGAGUUGAAGGAAUUGAAGGUGAAAGAUGAAGAAGAAGCGCCGAACUAA